GAGGUGGAGGGGCUUGCAGAAUAUAUAGAGAAUGAAGGAUCCUGCAAGAGAGCAGAACCCACACCACCACCACAUCACCACAACCACCACCACCACCGCCACCACCACCACCAUGAAGAGUCUGGCUGGUGUUCUGUUCUGCGCCUUCCUCGCCUUCGUCAGCGGGCACCACGGCGAUGAUGGGACUGUGAACUGUCACUGUGGCUUCCUGGCAGUCACCCACUAUGGCCUGGUGGAGGUUGACUUCCCUCACGAACACAUAGCGAACUGUGACCUUGUGACGGAGUGUUCUAAUAUAUGCAAGGAAACGUGGACUAAGGUGAUGGGUGAUGGUAACCUGAACAGCAUAUCAGAGACCCCCGGGGAGACUGUGGGCCAGGGACUCUGCAACAGGCUGACUAAGAGGGGCCUUAAGAAUUUUGGUCCCUACAAGGUACACGGUUACCGUAGUCUGUGCCAGGAGAGUCUCAAGAAUGACGGCUACGUGUCGGUGCAAGAGCUGUGCUGCAAGGAGGGCCAACACACUGAGUGCACAGGAGAUGAGGUGUUCCCCCACGGCUCCCUGCACGUCCACGAGUACACACACACACACAACCACACCCACUCCCACGGCGAUCACACCCACUCCCACCCCCACGACCAUGAUCAUGACCAUACCCACACCCACAGGCGCCGCUAACACACACACACACACACACACACACACACACACACACACACACACAGUACCUCUCCACGAAUAAUAUGACUAUAAUAGCAACAAUAAGUAAAUAAAGAUGUAGGAGAAUAUGACAACAAAAUAAAUUAAAGAGAAAGUAGGAAGACCUGACAAGAACACACACACACACACACACACACACACACACAUAAAAACACACACACAUUAGAGAAAUGAAAAAUAAGGCAAAUAAAUACAAUGUCGAAAUU